CUAGUCUCUUUAAAUUCUGUGGUUGGACUCUUGUCAAUGGAACUAGGGUUUUCCAUGGAAAGGUUUAGCCUUUAUGUGAUCUGAUAUGCACUGCUUAUUUUCUCUUCUAACUUGGUUUGAAGGAGUGGUAUUUGCAUUGAACUAAAAUGGUUGUAACCCAAUUUAGAAGUAGUCAAUUUGCAGUAGUGAGAGCUUAUCAUCCCAGCAGAAUCGAGCAAAAUUCCAUGAGGAGGAGCCAAAUAAAUUGUUUGGGAGCUUCAAGGUCGAAGAUGUUGUUCUCACAUGGUACCUUGCCCUUGACGUUAAUCUCCGGCAGAAAUAUGAACGGACCUUUAAGGGCCAAUGUAUUUGAUUUCCUAGAUGGGAUAUCCAGUAAAGAAUCUUACUAUAUCCUUCUUGGAGUUUCAAAAUAUUCAACCUUUUCUGAGCUUAAAAGAGCUUACCGGAGACUGGCUAUGACGUACCAUCCAGAUGUGAACAAGGAUGAUCCUGAUGCAGCAGCUAAAUUCAUAGAUAUAACACAUGCAUAUGAGGUCCUGUUACAAGAAAAGAAAGCUGAUGACGAUAUUUGUGAGGAUGAAGUAAUAACACCCAUCAAGAGGACUCGUUACGAUUGGUAUUCUCUAAAGACUCUAAUGGCCAAAUGCACCACUUGCGGCGGGCAAGGUCAAGUGUACAUAUCAGUGAAAAAUCCUCCUCUUGGUGUGAAGCAACAGGCCAUCACUUGCUCCUCCUGUAGUGGCACUGGCCAUGUCUUUGAUCUUCGCACAUCUGACAUCUCUUAAGGCUUUACUACCGCUCUUCUGUUUUGACUAUUUAGUGACCAAUGUGGCAAUGUAUUAAGUGUUUAUUAUUUAUCUAACCAGUUCGUAAGCUUCCUAA